UGACAGCUGCUUUGGGCCAAGGAGAUACAUCUCCUUCUAAGGGCCAGAGCUGGGGGUCAGGGACCUAUCUGAAGAGCUAUGAGUACACCAACUAUCUGUAGAGCAAGGGCACUAGAUGAUGCCUUGCAUGGACAUUUUUUUUUUGUUUUUUGUCUUUUUUUUUUUUUUUUUGCUUUAGUUUUCUUGUAAAAAAAUAGCUGAGGUAAAAGAAAUCACAUUUUGCAGUUCAGCAUUAUUCAGCCUUUAAAUCCUGUCAGCAUGGAAUAAGAGUACUCAGUGUUAUCAAUGUGGUCCUUGGAAUGGCCCUUAGGCCAUGCUGGGACACUGCCCUGUAUGGGGUGGGGGGCAAGGGUGUGGGUGGGAACUGCUUCUCUUCUCUCUGGUCCUUGGCAGGCCUCAUGCUGUGGGCAGAGCCAGGCCAGCCUCCACUCACCUGGCUCUGGGUCCCCUUCCUGCCAGGUGAGGGUCCCCAUUGUACAUGGAGGAUGACAGAAAAAUCCAAUGGUGUGAAGAGCUCCCCAGUCAAUAACCACAACCACCGUGAACCCACAACUGUCAAGGCCAAUGGCAGGCCCAGCAGCAGGCCCCAAUCAGCUACUGAUGAUGACACCUCCUCGGAGCUGCAGAGGCUGGCUGACCUGGAUGCUUCCCAACGCAGGAGGGGGGGCUUCCAGAGGAUUGUCCGCCUGGUGCGUGUCAUCACAGACUGGGCCAACAAGAACUUUCGAGAGGAGGAGCCCAGGCCAGACUCCUUCCUUGAGCGUUUUCGAGGGCCUGAGCUCCAGACCGUGACUACACAGCAGGGUGAUGGCAAAGGCAACAAAAACGGCGAUGGCAAAGGCACCAAGAAAAAGUUUGAGCUCUUUGUCCUGGACCCAGCGGGGGACUGGUACUACCGCUGGUUGUUUGUCAUCGCCAUGCCUGUCCUCUACAAUUGGUGCCUGCUGGUGGCCAGAGCCUGCUUCAGUGACCUGCAGAAAGGCUACUACAUCGUGUGGCUGGUGCUGGACUACUUCUCAGAUGUGGUCUAUGUGGCAGACCUCUUCAUUCGGUUGCGUACAGGCUUCCUGGAGCAGGGGCUGCUGGUCAAAGAUACCAAGAAGUUGCGGGACAACUACAUCCACACACUGCAGUUCAAACUGGAUGUGGCUUCUAUCAUCCCCACAGACUUUAUAUAUUUUGCUGUGGGCAUCCAUAACCCUGAGGUGCGGUUCAACCGCCUGCUGCAUUUCGCCCGCAUGUUUGAGUUCUUCGACCGCACCGAGACUCGCACCAGCUACCCCAACAUCUUCCGCAUCAGCAACCUUGUCCUCUACAUCUUGGUCAUCAUCCACUGGAAUGCCUGUAUCUACUACGCUAUCUCCAAGUCCAUUGGCUUUGGGGUUGAUACCUGGGUUUACCCCAACAUCACUGACCCCGAGUAUGGCUACUUGGCUAGGGAGUACAUCUACUGUCUGUAUUGGUCCACGCUCACCCUCACCACCAUUGGAGAGACGCCACCCCCUGUGAAGGAUGAAGAGUACCUGUUUGUUAUCUUUGACUUCCUGAUCGGUGUCCUCAUCUUCGCCACCAUCGUGGGAAACGUGGGCUCCAUGAUCUCUAACAUGAACGCCACUCGGGCUGAGUUCCAGGCCAAGAUUGAUGCUGUUAAGCAUUACAUGCAGUUCCGCAAGGUCAGCAAGGAGAUGGAGGCCAAGGUCAUCAAGUGGUUCGACUACCUGUGGACCAACAAGAAGACGGUGGAUGAGCGGGAGGUCCUCAAGAACCUGCCUGCUAAGCUGCGGGCUGAGAUCGCCAUCAAUGUGCACCUGUCUACACUCAAGAAGGUACGCAUCUUCCAGGACUGUGAGGCAGGCCUGCUGGUGGAGCUGGUCCUCAAGCUGCGCCCUCAGGUCUUCAGCCCGGGGGACUACAUCUGCCGCAAGGGUGACAUUGGCAAAGAGAUGUACAUCAUCAAGGAGGGCAAGCUGGCUGUAGUGGCUGAUGACGGGGUCACACAGUAUGCCUUGCUCUCAGCUGGCAGCUGCUUUGGUGAGAUUAGCAUCCUCAACAUCAAAGGCAGCAAGAUGGGCAACCGUCGGACAGCCAACAUCCGCAGCCUGGGCUACUCGGAUCUCUUCUGCUUGUCCAAGGAUGACCUCAUGGAGGCUGUGACUGAGUACCCCGAUGCCAAGAAGGUCCUGGAAGAGAGGGGCCGGGAGAUCCUGAUGAAGGAAGGGCUGCUGGAUGAGAGUGAGGUGGCGGCCAGCAUGGAGGUGGACGUUCAGGAGAAACUGGAGCAGCUGGAGACCAACAUGGAGACCCUGUAUACCCGCUUUAGCCGCCUGCUGGCUGAGUACACAGGUGCCCAGCAGAAGCUCAAGCAGCGCAUCACGGUGUUGGAGGCCAAGAUGAAGCAGCACCAUGCCGAGGACUACCUGUCAGAUGGCGUGACCAGCCCUGAGCCAGCUGAAGAAGAGAAGCCCUGAGGGCUCGGGUCCACCCACCCUAUCCCAUCUUGGUCUUGACCCCAGGCACUAGAAGAGCUGUAGGUCUCCACACCUAGAUGUGUUCUUUCCAGGACCCUUGAGCUCUCCCUGAAGCCUCCUUGUUCCCAGAGCUUUGGCUCAAACACCCUGAGUACCAUCCUCCCAGUCCAGUCAGCAGCCACACUUACCUGCCCAUGUCCAGAGCUCCAGCCUCAGUGGCAGACAUUUGACACAGCCACCACAGUCUGUCUCCCAGGGCAGGCAGAGGUGUGGAAGGGGCCAUGGCAAGAGGCCACUCAAGGCAGCCAGGCAUGGCAGCUCCUGUCUAUCAGCCAUCUGUGUGUCUGUCUGCCAUGUGGGGAAAGGGGCAUCUCUGUAGUCUUCUGGGGACCAAAGACACCCUGAUGCUUCUGGCCCCUUCCAGGGCUGGCAUUGAGUAGCCUAGUGACAAGGAUACAGGCCAAAAGGGGAUGCCACCAAAAGAAGGAGGUGGUGCUGAGCUCUGGCUAUCACCCAGUGCACGGAGCAUUCCAAGGCUGGUGGGGUGUGUGGGGACCCUUCAAGUUCCUAUCUGUACUAGAGGUACUUACAGGUUAAUAAAUCCCUUGCUAACACUGUG